AAUUGGAGGGUGCAUCGCUUUAUUGCUAUCUUUACUAUAUUUUUCUACAGACAUAUUUGUGUUGGCAGGGGCAAUAUACAGGGAGGGUGUGUCAAAUCGUCCAAAGGCUUGCGGGGACGCAGAGUUACUAAAUCCUGAAAUUUGAGGUAAUACAGCUCCCGGAAAGUUAAAUUCAGAAUUAUCAAGACUUUUUUCAGCCAGAAAAGGAAGCAGCUCCUCAAAGUUCCUAACAUCGUGUACAGGAAAUCAAUACCAAUACAAAGGUGGGAAAGAAAAGGUACAGAUAGCAGACAAAUAGUGUCCCUUCUUCAAGAGUUGUAAGACCUGCUGGAUUUGUUUUCCAUAAAAAAAUGGAUCGAAUGGAACUUCAGAGAGUUAGCACUGAAGCCGAUGAUGAGAGUUUUGAAGGAGACAGCAUUGAUGACAACUAUACUCGAAUGAUUGAUUCAGAAAAAGCUACCAUUAGUAGCCAAUUUGCAGAUGAAGAUGAUGCAGAAAGUCGGAAGUUUCUCACAAAUGGAUUUUUGGGGAAAACAAAAUAUGAAGAAUAUCAGGAAGAAUACCAUCCAGGAACGACAUCAUUUGGAAUAUCGGCAUUUAACCUUAGCAAUGCCAUCAUGGGCAGUGGUAUUCUUGGACUGUCGUAUGCUAUGGCCAACACUGGAAUCAUACUAUUUGUGUUCCUGCUUUUUGGAGUAGCAAUAUUAUCACUAUAUUCUGUUCACCUCUUACUAGAGGCUUCAAAAGAAGGAGGGUCUAUGGUUUAUGAGAAAUUAGGAGAGCGAGCUUUUGGAUUGACUGGAAAGAUUGCAGCGUUUUCCUCAAUUACAUUGCAAAAUAUUGGAGCUAUAUCAAGCUACCUAUUUAUAAUAAAAUAUGAACUACCAGAAGUAAUCCGUGCAUUUUUAGGAAUUGAAGAGUUGAGUGGGGAAUGGUACCUGAAUGGUAAAUAUCUCGUCGUAAUUGUGUCUCUGAGCAUUAUCCUGCCUCUGACUUUCCUGAAGAAUCUAGGGUACCUUGGCUAUACAAGUGGAUUUUCUCUCACUUGUAUGAUCUUCUUUCUCAGUGUUGUAAUCUACAAGAAAUCACAGAUCCCCUGUCCAUUGCCACUACUUGGUCACCAUGCAUUAAAUCAAACAACACUAGGAAAUAGUACAGGCCACCUGCUGACAACAGUGUAUCCAAUAGUACGCAACAAAAGUGGUGAUGAUGGCCUGAACCUUAUGAUGCCUUACUACGGCCACACAGCAAGUCAUGAUGAAAAGCCAAAAGAUGAUGCUCACAUAGUACACACUAAUGGAGUGGUUUAUAAUGCUCAUCAGGAUGAUGACAUGUGCAAACCAAAAUACUUUGUCUUUAACUCGCAGACUGCCUACACAAUUCCCAUAUUGGCCUUUGCUUUUGUAUGUCAUCCUGAAGUGCUCCCAAUCUACAGUGAACUUAAAGGCCGAUCUCAAAAGAAAAUGCAACACGUCUCCAAUGUAUCAAUUACUGCUAUGCUUAUCAUGUACCUUAUGGCAGCUCUUUUUGGAUAUCUGACUUUUUAUGAUCAAGUUGAAACAGAAUUGCUUCAUACCUAUACACAAGUGUACAAGUUUGAUACCCUGCUGUUACUAGUCCGUUUGGCUGUGCUGGUAGCUGUCACCCUGACUGUUCCCAUUGUGCUAUUUCCAAUUCGGACAUCAAUUCAAGAACUGUUUUUUCCAGGAAGAUCAUUCAACUGGUUACGUCAUAUUGGAAUUGCAGGAUUCCUGCUGAUUUUGAAUGACCUACUUGUGAUAUUUGUUCCUAGCAUUAGAGAUAUCUUUGGCUUUAUAGGUGCAUCUGCUGCUACAAUGCUUAUCUUCAUACUCCCAUCAGCAUGUUACAUCAAACUUGUGAAGAAAGAAUCUAUGAAAUCAAUGCAAAAGAUUGGGGCCAUGAUCUUCCUUGUAAUCGGAAUCGUCUUUAUGAUUGGAAGCAUGACCCUGAUUGUUUUUGACUGGAUUCACAAUCCUCCAGGCUCUGGUGGACACUAACAUGGUUCAGUGCUAUGAACACGUUUGGCUGGUUUCAUCUUCUAACUGCCCUGACAGACGAACAGUAACAGCAAAGAGUGAGAUGCCAUUCCUCAUUUUUNACUGCAAGAUUCCAAAGACUGCGCAGACCUGGUGUUAACACUAGAGAUCUUGUCUGUAGAUAACUGAAGAAUGGUUCUUGCAGGGGAGUCUUUUAGUUGUGCUUGGAAUCUUUGAACUUCAAAACAAAACCCCCAGAAAAUCCAGAUUCAGGAUACAUAAUGUGCUGUGAAUCAACAACUAGUACAACAGAUGUAGUGUAAUUUAACUGCUGUAUGUAGUUAACUUAGGGAACUGUGUUCCUGCUGCUUGAAUACUGAACAUUUCAAUGGUCAAGGCUGUGCCAAGAGUUUUCAGAUAGUAAACUAAGCAUGCAUUUUUUGAUUUAAAGGACCUGUCUGGGGUUUGAAAAAAAAUGUCUUGUAUGCUGUAAGAAACAGAACAUCUAGCUAGCAGCUCUAGUCUACUGAGUCAAAAGAGCUAAAAUGCCCAUCAACUUAGAAUUUUUUAAAAACAAUUAUAUACACGUACUAGAAAUUUCCGAUUUUUGUAUUCAAGAUCAACAUGCCAUAAUGAAUAUUUCAUUUACAAAUGACGUUGAUCUCCACACACACACCCUGUGCCACUAAUGUCUGCACCCAAUAAUAAAGAGCAAUGAUCAGCUCCGUUUGUAAGUAAAAGAUUUACAAAAUACAAUUGUAUACCUAGCAAAAUGGUUGGCUUUCAUACAUGUCAGGCAUGAUUGCUUAAUUCUAACUCUUUAACGUACAAACAUUUAAAAUGUGUAUAGCAUUUGCAGCUUUAAAUGCAACUAAAAUGCAGGUAUUAAUGUAAUUUGUAUUAUUUAUUACCUUUGUGAAAAUACAAAGGAGCUCAUUUAUGUCUAAGCCUGCUUUUUUCACAUUACAGCAAAUAACAAAGAUCCAUUAAGACAGCUAACUAUCUUCUUCACAAGAGUAUGUAUAUAUUACCAUUUACAGCCAGAAAGUGACUCCCAUCACAAGCUGCAUACCUUUACUCCUGAAUGGAGCCAUUGAACUGUAUUUUUGUUAUAAAAGGCACAGAGCAAGCUACAAGCCUAAAUAACAACCCGGUCUUCCAACCAUAAUUAGAAAGGAGUUCAAGGGCAAAGCACUGUAUCAAUAGUCCUUUUUAGAUAGACUAGUGCUAUCUAUCAAGAAUGUUUCAGUGCAGGUAAUGGUGAUUUCGUAAAUGUAUAUAAUUCAUACUUUAUAUGAGUUAGGAUUUAUUUAAAAGUUGAAAGUCUAGGAAGUUUCCUUAAGUUGCACAAUCUAUUUUGGCAUCUGAGUGGAUAUUUCGGACACCCAUCUGUUUUACCUAACCAUAAUGUUUGUGAUCAAUGAUCCACUUUUAAAUAUUUUUAAAAGUUUUUUCCUAAACUUAUUUUUUGAGUGUUGCAUCAGCAGUUAAGUAAAACAAACUCCUACCACCUUUAAUGUUACAUAAUGCUCUUGAGUUUUGAUAUGAGAAGAUUUAUGAUGUUCUUGAUAAUACAAAGCUUGAGAAUUAUGGUAGUUGGUUUCUUUUCCUAGUUUUUAUAAGAACAUUGCUUUCUGGAUUACUUGAUGAGAAAGUUUGGAUCAUGACAAAAACCCAUAACCACAGUGAUGGAUUAAAAAGAACAAGCCCAGCAGAGGUGUUUUUAUUGAAUUAGCCAAAGUGGAACUUUAUUUAUAGAUCUUUUGCAGAUCUACGAAAGAGGGCAAGUGCAUAUUGCAAAUUAAGUGGCUUAUUCCUGUGUGCAUGUUUUGGAUUACUCACGUGGUCGUUGCUGAAUAUUUUAUGUAUUGUAAAUAGGAAUCCUUAUGAUAAACUAUUGUGAAUGUUGCCUGGUUAAAUGCUACAGCUAGAUCUUAAUGUUGUGAAAGAUUUUGCAGAAACAAAUAGUUGUUCAGUGCCAAUGAUUUGGGAUGUUGACUUGACUGGGCUAAGUGGAUAAUUGUAUUGGUGCUUGAUACAUUGAGAAGAGGGGUUUGCAAAGGAAAGGAACCAUU